CUCUGCCUAUUUACAUUUCCACAGUGCGUAUGGUAACACACCAGCCAGACUCCUCCUGGUUUCAAGCACCACGUACAAAUCUUCCCUGUUCAAUUAGAGCAAACCUAGGCUGCUAACUACCACUGCCGACUGCCACAUCAGCAAGGACUAAACCUCACCUGGCAGAGGAGCUUCUGAUCAAGAGAUUGGAUUUUCUAGCGUCUGGAAGAGUCAAGAUGUUGGAUCAGAUUCAUCUGCUGGCUGCCGUGACAGUCCUGGGAGUGCUGGAGCAAGCUUACUUCUUCCUCCAGGUGAUCUAUGCCAGGAGAGCGUUUGGCAUUUCUCCUCCAAAGAUCUCAGGCCCACCUGAAUUUGAGAGGAUCUUUCGAGCACAGGUGAACUCCUCUGAGUAUUUUCCCAUUUUCCUGGCACUUCUCUGGCAGGCUGGACUCUUCUUCCAUCAAGGUCUGGCUGCAGCCUUGGGCCUGCUCUAUCUCUACGCCCGCUACUGCUACUUUAUGGGAUACAGGGCAUCAUCCUCAGAAAGGCUCACCCCGAUAUACUUGAGCAGUGGAGUCCUCUGGAUUCUCUUGGCAGCAUCAGCCCUGGGCAUCUUGCAUUUCUUCCUCUCUCACUACGUGGAGCUGAAUGUCCUCCAUCUUCUCACAGCGUGACCCACUCCUCCGUCCCUCAUCCUGUGAGCCCGGCUCCCUCCUGCCCACAGUAACAGACUGGCUGCAACCAAUACAUUCUGCAGUGACAAAUCCAUGCUCAACUGAGUUUUUAACGCUUCCCUUUCCACUGUCCAGCACUGGCACAAACCACUGAGCUCUUCAGGAGGUAUUUUUCCCCCACGGCACUAUGUGUGCCACGUGCUCUAUGUCCAGCAGCUCUAUGAUAACUGAUGAGGAAAACAAGAAAGCUCAGACCAAGGAGAAAUUUAGGAAAACUGGACACGUAAAAGCAGAGCCUGAGCUGCCCCAGGGGAUCACCAUGUGUUGCCCUUCCUGCAGUGGCUCUGUCUUCAUCCCAGGCACUGAAUGUGGGUUCAUGACAGUUUUCCAAGGCCCACACCUAAGAAAGGCAUUUGUUUGCAAAGAGAUGUGGGCUGGGGCAUGACAAAAGAGGUGAGGGGUAAACAGGAGCAGCCACCAACAUGUUGUGCAAAAGUCUGUUAGUGCCCUCAUAAUGUUUUUUAGCCAUUGCCUGUGAGCAAUAUGGUAAAUCAGACUGUGCAAACUCAUAACCACUACCACAUGCAUAUCUUUGGAUACUGCUGAGCAGCAAUGUGUACCAAUAAAAAGGCACUGAGCUUGCUGUGCUGGGUGUCUCCUUGUGGGUCUGCAAUUAGCAGAGAACAAAACCAGGAGUGUUUGAGCAUGGGGCAGCUGCCUUCACUUCCCCACCAUGCAGUGCCACACAGCCUGAAACCCUACAUCUUGCAGGAGGACAGCUCUGAGUAGGGAGAAGCUGAUUUUCAGAGGUGCUGAACUAACAGAUUUGGGGCUGAGCCACUCAGCACCAAACAAUUGUUCCUGCCGGGUGCUUGGGACCUUCUCUGGGCUUGGUGCCCCUGUGGCAGGAAGGGAUGGAUUUUUGUGAGAGCCCAGUGUUCACAAUGCUGAUGCUUUUGGCCAUUGGUCUGCUCAUGUUAGCACCACAGCUUGGGAAAUACCAGCAGCCCUCCCUAAUAUCGUCACAGGACCAUUUCACACCAAACCCAUUCCUUAACGUCCUGUACUGUCCUUCCCUUCCUUUCCCAGCAGCAGGCAUAUCUGGACUGUAAGAACAAUAGGUAUGGGAUUUUUUUUGGGAGAAGUGAUUAAUUUUUCACAUUGUUUCAUUUCCUUCUCUGCAUUUUAAAUUGGCUUAUCCAGCAAAGCCCCCAGUCCAUUUGCCUUUUGGGUUCUCCUGCCUUGGAGUCACGCUACUGCCUUGAACUUGGCAAACACUGCAAGGGAAAGCUCAAAUCCAAACAACAAAACUGUACAGCACUUGCUUCUGCAGUUUUCAGUGCAGCCCCAUCCUCACAGGCCUCCCUGACUGUCACAGCAAGAUAAACAACAAUUUUUUUGUUGUUGUUUUGGAAAACAGCUUGGAAAAACAGCUUUGGAAAAGGCUGAGUGUUGUUUAACUCUGUCAAGGCCAGGGGGGAAUAAAUAAGCCAACUGCCCUCAGUGAGAUUUUACUUAGCCUUUAUAUUAACAUGUCACAUCAUCUAUUGGAAGUUAGUUCUCAGUCCCCACCUUUUUACCAGCAAAACCAGUCACCUCACAGAGGGUUAAUACAGAAGGACCAGCCCCACCUGACAGUGCAAGUCCUGGCUCUGUGUCAAAACUCUGCUGUCUCAGGUUAGUUCAAGCUAACUGGUGCUCACUAGUUCUUCAGAAACAACCUCCACCUCUUACCCUGAAAAGAGUUUUCUAACCCCAUCAUAUCGUUCCAGAGCUGCUACGUACCUCAGCCCUACUUGUCUUGGCUCUGUGAGUGACAGGACUGCAGAAUGACUCAGAGGGGAGUUAAUGAUCCAGAAGCGAGGCUGUAGCAAGCUGAGUUUUCCCUUUUGAUGCACAGCAAAGCACAGCCAGGCUCUGGUCUCGAUUGCCCACUGUUCUGCCACAGAAAAAACUGCCCAGAACAUUGCCCAUUUCGAACAGUUGUCAGAGGGGUCAUUUCAGGCACCUCUAGCAAAAAAAAAAAAAGCCACCCAGGGAUGCUGUCAUUACUCUGCUACUUCAUAACUGUCAUCAAAGACAAUCACUUUGCACUGGACCAUGGUUCAACGAUGCAGGCAAUGGUGUCAGGAUUUAGCCAAAAUGGAUGAAAUUACUCUGCCCACUUGCACCUGCUGCAGAGAUGCCAAGGGACAGGCAAGGUGUAUGUUAGUGGGACAGGGUCUGCCUGUGUCACCCCAAGGUUAUGUGACUCUGAGGUCACCAUCCAGCUGGUGUAAGGCCUGUCCUGUGAGCUCCAGUUUAACAUCAAUCUAACCUCCUGACAGCACCGAUAUUGGUGCAGGGCUCACAGCAGAUGACUGACUUCCACUGCUGACAGGGCAAGGGUCCACACUGUUGCUGGGAUGGCUGUGGCCUUGCUGCUGCCCGCGACCCUGCUGCCCACUCCCCACCCUCCCUGCUUCAGGGCAGCUGUGAUGGGUUGACCCAUGCAGCCAGCUCAUCUCCCCCCACCUGGGAAUUUGCAUCCUGGCUUCAUAGAAUCUUAGAAUAGUUGAGGUUGGAAGAGACCUCUAGAGAUCAUACAGUCCAACCCCCUGCAGAAGCAGGUUCACCUCCAUCAGGUCACAUAGGAACGUGUCCAGGAGGGUUUGGAAACCACAAGAGAAGGAGAGGCCACACUCUCCCUGGGCAGCCUGUGCCAGGGCUCCCUCACCUAAACAGCAAAGAAGUUUCUCCUUGUGUUUAAGUGGAACUUCUUGUCUUCAGCCUAUGUCCAUUACCCCUGUUGCUGGACAGUACAAAGUGUCACCCCGUCCUCCUUAGGUACUUCUAAGUGUUAAUGAGAUCCUCCCUUAGUCUUCUCUAAGCUGAACAGCCCCAGUUCCUGCAGCCUUUCUUUGUGGAAAGAUGUUCCAGUCCCUUGAUCAUCCUGGUAGCCUUCUGCUGGAUUCUCUCUAGAAGUUCCCUGUCUUUCUUGAGCUGGGGGUUGGAAGAGACCUCUAGUGAUCAUCCAGUCCAAGGCCCUGCUAAAGCAGGUUCCCUCCAUCGGGUCACACAGGAAUGCCGGCUUUCUUCCAGCCAGCUGGAGUCAAACUGGGUGAGGGGCGAGCCGGCGGA